AUGGUCCUUCUCCAAAGACUCCAGCAUCUGAACAUCAUUAAGCAAGGAGGAAGAGAAGGAGAGGCCGAAAGAGUCAAAGUCAAUCUGGAGCAGGGGAACCCUCUCCAGAUGAUCCAGCUGUUCCAGAGCCCCUGGGUGGACAGAUUCAGAGUCUGUCUGGACCUGGUCCUGCUCCGCCGUGGCCCUUUGGACUUCCAGCCUCGGCAGUUUGUCACAGUGUCCGGCUCGCUGAAGCUCACGGACCUGGAUGAUGCCAGCGCGGAGGAGACCACCUGUCACACAGACGCAGACUGUACUCUCCAGUUUCCACACAGAAACUUUACUCUGCCCUGCUCAGCUUGGGGUGUGUGUGAGGGGCUAAACGAGAAGAGGAACAUUUACAACGCCUACAGGUAUUUUUUCACCUACCUGCUGCCUCACCAGGCCCCGCCCGGCCUCACACACCUGGUAGACCGCAUCAUGAAUGCCACAGGGGAGCUGAAAGCUGACAUCAAUCAGACGCUGGAGGCCUUUGAACACAUCCUCCACCUCUAUUAGUCUGACCUACACCUGGAGAACCUGUCUCCAUCAAUAAUCAGAGAUCACACUGUGAUGCGAGGGAUGGGCACUUCUGGGAACGUGGAGUACCGCUGCUGGCCAUCCUACAGCCAGCAGGGCUGCGUGCUGUCAGUCCACAGUGCCCGAGAGGCAGCGUGCAUCUGUAACUCCCACUCUUAGUGCAACAGCUUCACUCUGACGGGGCAGAAGACUUGGACGGGCCGCCUCCUAGCCUCUUUCAGGAGUGGCUUCAGUCACCUGGUGCCUGAUGGGACAUCAGAAGUUUAUGUAAAGAAGACAAAAGUUGUUGAAAAAUCAAGCGCCUGACGUCCGAGCGGGUUUCUGUCGAAAUGGGA